CUUGAAAAUGUCGGAUGGAGGUUAAAAAUUGCAAGGAAUUUGAGUAUGGGAAUCUCGAACACAACACAGCAGUUUUGCUGUCUCUGUCCAGAUAUUUAAGAAGUGGAGCUGGGGUUUCAGUCAAUCAUCCUUCCUGCUUAGACUGUCAGGAGGGAUUCACUCGAUCAUCUGACCAACUGCCAUGCCCGUUAGUUUACAUGGAGGGGAGCCCAUUCAUCUUCUCAGACAGUGGGAAUGAAUUCACUCGGUCAUCUCAACUGAAGGUACAUCAGCGAGUUCACACUGGUCAAGGCCAUUCACCUGUCCUGUGAGUGAGAAGGGAUUCAGUUGGUCUUCCCACAUGUGGACACACCAGUCAGUUCACACUGGGCAGAGGCUGGUCAACUGCUGAAUUUGUGGGGAAGGAUUCACUCGGUCAUCUGACCUAAUGGCUCACCAGCGAGUUCACACUCGGGAGCGGCUGUUCACCUGCUCGGACUGUGGGAAACGAUUCACUCAGUCAUCUCAGUUACUGAGACUCCAGUCAGUUCACACCGGAGUGUGGCUGUUCACCUGCUCAGACUGUGGGAAGCGAUUCACUGAAUUAUCUCGACUGAAGAUACAUCAGCGAGUUCACUCCGGAGAGAGGCCAUUCAACUGCUCAGACUGUGGGAAGGGAUUCGCUCAGUCAUCUCAACUGAAGGUACACCAAAGAAUUCACACUGAGGAGAAGCCGUUCACCUGCUCGGACUGUGGCAAGGCAUUCACUUCAUCAGCUCACUUACUGAGACACCAGUCAGUUCAUACUGGGGAGAGGCCAUUCACCUGCUCAGACUGUGGGAAAGGAUUCACUUCGUCAUAUAAGUUACUGAAACACCAGUCAGUUCACACCGGAGAGUGGCCGUUCACCUGCUCAGACUGCGGGAAGGGAUUCUCCGAAUUACCUCAACUUAAGGUACAUCAGCGAGUUUACACUGGGGAGAGGCCAUUCACCUGCUCAGACUGUGGGAAGCGAUUCGCUUCGUCAUCCCAUCUGAAGAUACAUCAGCGAGUUCACACUGGAGGGAGGCCAUUCACCUGCUCAGACUGUGGGAAGGGAUUUGCUUCGUCAUCCCAUCUGAAGAUACAUCAGCGAGUUCACACUGGAGAGAGACCGUUCACCUGCUCAGUCUGUGGGAAGGGAUUCACUCAGACAUCUCAACUGAAGGCACACCAGGGAGUUCACACCGGAGAGUGGGCAAUCACCUGCUCGGACUGUGGGAAGGGAUUCACUUGCUCAUCCCAUCUGAAGGUACAUCAGCGAGUUCACACUGGAGAGAAGCCGUUCACCUGCUCAGACUGUGGGAAAGGAUUCGGUCAGUCAUCUCAACUGAAGGCACACCAGGGAGUUCACACCGGAGAGUGGCCAAUCACCUGCUCAGACUGUGGGAAGGGAUUCACUUCGUCAUCCCAUCUGAAGAUACAUCAGCGAGUUCACACUGGAGAGAAGCCGUUCACCUGCUCAGACUGUGGGAAAGGAUUCACUCAGUUAUCUCAACUGAAGGCACACCAGGGAGUUCACACUGGAGAGUGGCCAAUCACCUGCUCGGACUGUGGGAAGGGAUUCGCUUCGUCAUCCCAUCUGAAGAUACAUCAGCGAGUUCACACUGGUGAGAGGCCGUUCACCUGCUCAGACUGUGGGAAGGGAUUCAUUUUGUCAUCCCAUCUGAAGAUACAUCAGCGAGUUCACACUGGUGAGAGGCCAUUCACCUGCUCAGACUGUGGGAAGAGUUUCACUUCAUCAUCCCAUCUGAAGAUACAUCAGCGAGUUCACACUGGUGAGGGGCCGUUCACCUGCUCAGACUGUGGGAAAGGAUUCACUCAGUCAUCCAUCCUAAAGGCACACCAGCGACUUCACACUGGGUAGAGACCGAUCUGCUCAGACUUUGGGAAAAGAUUCUCUCAGCCAAAUCAACCAGUGUGCAUCACUGAGUUCACACUGGGGAGAGGCCAUUCACCGGCUGUGAAUGUAGGAAGCGAUUCACUCAGUCAUCUAAUCUUAUGUAGCUCUCAGUUCUGCUGGCAGCUUAACAGAGGGGGUUAUAGCCUGCCCACCCCAGUCUGGCCAAACUGAAUAAUCUCGUUUGGGUGGAUACUGAGUGAUGUGUCCCCUUUCUGUGAACUGUCUCUUUAAAAUGCAAAGAGAACCGAGACUGACUUUGGACACGCUGUUGGAUUUCUGCAGAAGUGCUGGGUUGCUAUGGUGACCAGCUAAUGUUUAUGUUCUGUGUGGUUAAGCAAGGUCAGAAUGAUCCUUUACCGACACAGAACAAGCAAGCGACUUCUUACAGAGAGAGGGGGCGGAGCUACAUGAUGGACAGCUGGUGUUCAGCACAAUGGUAUUUAAACACACGUAACUGUUUUACUCGCAGGACACGCGGACGCACGAAGGCUAGUGGUGAAAGUUUCUGCUAGGUGGUGUUUCUGGUACCCACAAGGGUGGGAUCUGAGGAUCGAUAAAGAAGAAUCGAUCUGUGCCUGUUAGUGCGUGUAAGAGCGACCCUGUGGGAUCUACCGGUGAGUCUAACCCUUGCUUGGGUUGGUAGACUUUCUCUUGAAGAAGGUGCUCUUGAGUUGGUCACGUCUGGCUAACUUGAUGGGCAUUGGAAAAGGUCGACAACACCUGUUUACUUGGAUUACAUCUCCCUCACCCUCGCCCUCUCCUUCCCUCCCUCCCUCCCCCUCCAAUCUUGUGAACUAAAUUGAAUCUACCACAUCAUCGUAAGACUGGCGGUGCAGACUCGAGGGGCCGAAUGGUCUACUUCUGCACCUAUUUCCUAUUGUCUAUUGACUAUAUCGUUUACCACCUAGGUUUUGGAUUUUAUAUACAGGUGGCUCCCGUUUUUCGGACGUUCGCUUUACAACAGCUCACUGUUAUGAAAGACCUACGUUUGUACCUGUUUUUUCUAACCAAAGAGGAUUUUCGCUUUUACGAUAAAGAUGAUGCCUGCUUUAUAUGGGAGUUUACCCCGAGAAAGACUACCGUGACCGUGAAGCCUUGUGCGGCAGUUGUGUAUGCAUGCGUGCACGUGCCGAUUUUUUUUCU